CAAAAAAGGAAAUAAAUAAAUCCACUAAAAGGAAAAAAACAUUUACGCAUUUACUAAAGUAAUUAAAAUAGCAAUUCAGAACACCCUAUUAUGGAAAGUUUCAGAAAAGGAAACAACACAUGAGAAGGGAGCCGAUAUAAGUAGAAAGAGAGAUGAUGAAUGUGCACACAAACGACGCUUGCUUUCUUACAAUUAUCAUUAUGGGAGGCGAAAAACGGAAAAUAGAUAUUAAGUUUAUCGAAGACAAAGCAGUAAGAUCAGUUACGUUUUGUAAACGACGUGAGGGUCUCUUCAGCAAAGCUUCUGAGCUCUGUCUUCUCUCUCCCACCACUCAAAUCGCAAUCUUAGCGACUCCUCUUUCUACCAAUUCUCACGCUGGUUUCUACUCCUUUGGCCAUUCCUCUGUCGACCACGUCGUCUCUUCUCUACUUCACGACCAGUCUCCUGGUGAUCCGACAAACCAAGUAGAGAACAGAAGGUUAGGCUUUUGGUGGGAAGACCAAGCCUUGGAAAGAUUGGAGAGCGUCGACGAGUUGAGAGAUGCGACCGAUGCGGUUACUAGGAUGUUGAACAAUGUGAGGUUACGAUUAGAUGCCGUGAAGGGUAAUCAAAGAGGUGGAGCUUUAGUGAUCCAUCAAGAGGACGCUCGGGCUCCUAAGAUUCGUAACACCAACAAGGAAAAAACGAAUCAAAUUACUAAUUCUGAAAGUGCUAAUUCAGGUUUAGUGAUCCAUCAAGAUGAGGUCCCUCAGCUUUGUAACACCAACACGAACUACAAAAACGAAGAGACGACCACUCAAGUUGCUAAUUCUGAAGGUGCUUCUGGUUCUGGAAGUUCGGUAGAGAAAAAUGAUGAUGUUCUCCAUAUCGAUGAUUUGGAUAUUGAUGAUUUUUUCAUUGAUUUUAAGUUGGAUCCAUUAUUUAAAUUUUGAUGAGCUAUAUGCAUUAAUGUCGGAUUUAAAGUUGCAUAUGUGUAUUCUAGUGAUGCAUUUCUUUUUUGUUUUGGUUCGGGAAUAAUGCUAGCAAACCAAAACCAAAACCAAAAUUUAAAUUUUACUAAAGUGAACAAGUAUUUACGACGUCAAAAUUAUGUUCAGACCACUUUAGAAUGAGAUGAGCACCCAUCAACCAUACACAGUGCCGGUCCUGACAAUAUAUGGGCCACAAGCUAAAAAAAUGUUGGGCUUAUUAAAUUUAUAAAAUUAAAAAAAAAACAAGGGAAUAAAGUAAAAGUGGGGAGGAGGCUUUGAACCUUGUACCUCUUCCGUAUUAGAAAGGAUCCAGAACCAAACUUGCUGAAGGAUUACAUGACAAUAAUGUGGCCGAAAUGUUAGUUAUAAUAUUGAGGCCGGAAGCACCUGCUUGGUCUGCUUCCCCUCAGGGCCGGCUCUGACCAUACACAUAUAUGUACGUAGGCUGGUCUGAAAUGAGCUGCAAGCUUAGUUUCAGGUUUGAGUGAAUAGGUCUUUAUCUAACCAAUGCCAGAACUUUAGUGUUUUCUUAGUACAUUGCCUUUCUACUCGAGUUGAACCAUACUAAUCAUGUUCUUAGUUUUCUUCCAUGCUUUUAUUGGUCAACAACCAACCACAACGAAUCGAAUUGUUCAACUUCGUAACAUCUCCUAUUCUCCUUUAUAGCUUUGAUUUAUUGAUUAUGUUGAUGGAGUUUUAUGGUCUUAUAAGGAUUAGAGAUUUGCUUACCUCUAUCUCAUUCUUUUUAGCAACAAAAAACUCAUACACGUUAUUUUCUCUUGGUUUUUCUGACUAGCAUUCCUCUUACAGGGUUUUCAUUUGUCAUUCUCUUGGUAUCAAUUGUUAUAUAUUAAUUUUAUGUUUUGUAUCAUCAUCUAUUAAGAUUAUAGUAAUUGAUAUUAGCUUUUCCAUAUUGUAGAAAUAGUGAUUUUUAUAACUUUCCUCUGGUAGUGGAGUGGAAGGUUGUAGAUUAUAUUGUUGUAUGCUGUAAAAAAGUGUUGUUGGAUGGUAUGAUCUUUAUGUCGCCGGUUCGAUUCCGAAUUUUGUUUUCCAUAUAUUGACUUUUUCUUUACAAAAAAAUCAAUAUAAUUGCAUGAAUACAAAGUAUCUUGUCUAUGUCAAACCCACGACAUGAAAGACUCAAUUUAUGCAUGUCAAUUACACUAUUCGUUACCUUCAUGACCAUAGCCUCUAAUUUAUCAUGCAAC